CUCACACACCCCCAUCAACCGGCUGAAGUUGCUUAGCUAAAAUAUAAACCCCCGCACAGAGGAAAACAGCUCCCUGUGACCGUGGACCAAAACCCGCGAAUAUUUUUUAAAAUAAAAAGAAAUCAGAUGAAAAAGUAGAAAAGCUGACGUCACCGUACCUUUGACUCUUUUACUUUCUCUGUCUUCUUUAAACCCACAGCUCUCUUUUGUCUUCUCCAAUCUGAUUCUUCUUCUCCAUAUCUCUCUCUCUCUACAUUUCUUCGUAGUUCUCCGAAACCAAAAAAUGGGAAGGGACGACCUCUACAUCACGGUGCCGAGCUUUUUCCGGUGCCCGAUUUCACUUGACGUGAUGAAGUCCCCCGUGAGCCUCUGCACCGGGGUCACCUACGACCGCGCCAGCAUCCAGCGCUGGCUGGACGACGGCAACAACACCUGCCCCGCCACCAUGCAAGUCCUCUCUUCUAAGGACUUCGUACCCAACCGCACCCUCCACCGCCUCAUACAGAUCUGGUCCGAAUCGGUGCGUCUCCGAAAGGCGCGAUUCGAGAUCGACAACAGCAGCAACUCCAAAGACCAGGUGGUGGAGCUGAUUCAGCAGAUGCACCGCCACACCUCCUCCUCGUCUGUGGAUUCGCUGGCCAAGAUUCUGCGGUUCGCCAAGGAGUCCGAAGACAACAGGAAGUUCCUCGCCAACUGCGACGGCUUUGCGGCGCUGCUCGUGGAGGCUCUCGCCGGCGGCGGCAAUGCCGCCGACGGGAGCAACAACAUUCGCAUUCUCGAGCAAAUCGUCAGGAUCAUUCAUUUUCUGAUUGGAGAAAUCCAAGACUCCGACGAAUUGGUGAGGUUGAUGCUGAAGAAGAGCGGCGCCGGCGCCGGAGAUUGCUUGGCUUCUCUGCUGCUUGUUCUCCAACGGGGAAGCGCCGAGUCUCGAAUCGCCUCGGCUAGGGUUAUGGAGUCGAUCGCCGUGAGCGCUGAGUCCAAGCUCUUGGUCGCAGAGCGGGACGGAGUGUUGCCGGAAUUGUUGAAAUUAACGAGUCCGGAAAAAGAUUCCACCCUAAUCGAAGCCGGACUGUCGUGCCUCAUCGCCGUUUCGGUGCCGAAACGCGUGAAGGUGAAACUAGUCCAACUCGGCGCCGUCAGGUCUCUGUCCAAAUUGUUGUCGGACUCGAACUCCACGACGUCGACGAUCGAGAAGGUUCUGAAGCUGCUCGAAACGGUGUCGUCGGUGAAGGAGGGGCGGGCGAAGAUUUGCGAGGCGGAGGAGGAGGAAGGAGGCGACUGCUGCGUGUCGGCGAUCGUGCAGAGACUGCUGAAGGCGUCGAGCACGGCGACGGAGCACGCGGUGAUGAUUCUGUGGAGCGUGUGCUACUUGUUCAAGGAGCGAUCGGCGCAGGAGGCGGUGACGAAGGCCAACGGGUUGACCAAGAUUCUGCUGUUGAUGCAGAGCAAUUGCUCGCCGUGCGUCCGGCCAAUGGCCGCCGAUUUGCUUAAGAUUUUCCGGGUGAAUUCCAAGUCCACCAUUUCGUGUUAUGAUACCAAGACAACUCAUAUUAUGCCCUUUUGAGACAAAAACCCAAAGGAGAGAGAUUGUAAAUGACAAAAAAUUUUGUUAGCGAGUACAAAUUACCAAGGAGGCAAGGAGAAAUUGAAAUUCAUUACAUUUGAUUUUUAAUUUGGUUAUUUCUGGUUAUUGGAUUCACCAUCCCUCGUCUUAGUAACGUUUUCUCGAAUUUGAUGUCGGAUCAAUAAUCGAAUUGUAAAGAGAAUUCAAGGUUUGUUUUUGUGAUUGUGAUUUCUUUUACUAGUGAAGGGAGCAUUAGAACAGAAAAUGAGGAGUGAAGUUAAAGGUAGUGGGUAAUGGACUAAUGGGUGAUUCCACUUUGGUUGGUGUUGCUGCAUUGCAAUGAUCCUUAAUUAUUUUGGUUAGAUCAAAUCAAUGGAACCAGUAGCUAUCAAUACCCAACCACACUUAUACAUCAUUGUGUAAGCAAGAAAUGUAUGUAAAACGACCCAUCAUUUGUCA